AUGAAAUUACAAUUAGAAUAUGUGCAUUUAGUACAUCGGCAUGGAGAAAGAACCCCUUUAAUGUUUGGACCGCACAAUACAACAAAAUGGAACAUGUGCCAUAGAGUCUCACAGAUAGAUUACACAAUUCCUAAAAAACAUCCAACACUAUUUGAUAAGAUUAAAGGCGUGUUAAGCUAUAUGCACAUGGGCACUGCCCGUCCUCUCCGAUUCAAAAUUAUGCAAAACUCUGGGAGACAGUUCAACUGUGCCCCUGGCCAACUCACAGACACAGGGCGCGCAAAUCUUUUUGGUUUAGGUGAGUGGUUUAGAAAGAAGUAUGUUGAAGAUAAAGGACUAAUCAGCGCGCAUUUCAAUAACAAGGAGUUUAAUCUGCGAUCAACAAACUUCCAAAGGACUCUUGAAAGUCUCCAGUCUCUAAUGCAGGGAAUGUACAAAAAUUCUUCUGAGCCUAUGGAUGUGACUGUAGUGGACUUAACACAGGACUCAUUAACAAGUAAUAAGCACUGCCCGCGCUUAAAAGCACUGAAGGAUGCAUCCCACCAAAGCAUUAAGAAGAUGUUUGAGCCAGAAAGCAAUAAAAUACGUAACUACUUUACAAAGAAUCACUCUAAAUUCUUUGCCUCUCUCAGCCCGUACGCAAUAUAUGAUCUAAUAGUAAGCAGCCGGGCACACGGAUUUACUGAGUUCUUGCGGGUGCCUAAGUCAAUUAUGUCUUCUUUGGAAAACUACUCUGUACAGCUAUGGUUUAACCACUUAAACACUAAGGAGGCACUUUCUCUUAACACAGGAAACCUGUUAAAGGAAAUUGCAGACCAAAUGAUCAUUAAGUGCACAGACACAGCCAGUGAUUUAAAAGCAUCUAUUUUCUCUGCGCACGACAUUACUGUCUAUCCACUGCUAAUGGCGGUGGGAAUCAACAAUAUGAAGUGGCCUAAGUUUGGUGCAAAUAUUGUCUUUGAACUUUUUAAAGAUGCAAACUCUCAAAAGAGAUAUGUGCAAAUGAGAUACAAUGGGCAGAAAAUAGAAAUGCCCAGAUGCCAUCCUAUAAAGAUUGAGAAGGGAAUAUACUGCCCACUUGAUGAUUUCGUUAGAAUGUGCAAUGAAACGUACACAGAGAACUUUUCGCAAGCAUGUAUGAAAGAGCAGUAAAGGCUUAGAAAUAAAC